ACACGCUGUCCCUUGCGCUGUCGCUUGAAUGAGUCAGUGACGUGCUUGCUCUCGAGAUUGCCACAUUGUACAUCAUCUCUGUGCGUUUGUUUUUGCUGUGCUAUUGGUUCCGUUUUAUCGUUUUUUGGAAGCGCGCUCACUGCAUUUCGGCAUAAAAGGCAAAUAUGCACCUCAAACUCACAUGCAACACUUCUGAUCCCCCUCUGGUUGCUCUGUUGGCUUUAGAGUUCUCGAAACCUAGCUUAACAGUUAAAGUCGACUGGGGAAAAAGCACAUGUUUGAACGUCGACAGUGGAAAGUCACUCGUGACACCUGGAGCAAUUGCACGCUACUUUGCUCGCCUUGCUCCAUCCAGCUCCUUAUACGGUGACAGUUUGCUGCAGAGAAGUGAGGUAGAUCACUGGUUGGAACUAAGUGGAACUGAACCCAUCCCUCGCUUGCUCCAGAGACUCAACCAGGCGUUAGCCACCGCGACAUAUCUUGUUGGUCAUCAAGUCACGUUGGCAGAUCUGUCUGUCUGGGGCACACUGUACAGCAAAGGACUUGCAGGGAAGCUGCCAGAAAAUGUGAGCCGAUGGUACAACUUUCUGCUGACGAACACGUCCUUCCAGUCCGUGAUAAAGGAACUGCCCGACGCAAUGGUGCCAGCGAAGCAAGCGGCGGCGAUAUGCCGCGAAGAAGGGAAAUUUGUGGAGCUUCCAGGAGCAAAGAUGGGAGAAGUAGUGGUGCGAUUCCCACCAGAAGCCAGCGGGUACUUGCACAUUGGGCAUGCGAAAGCAGCUUUGCUCAACCAGUACUACCAGCGUGCAUUCGAGGGUCGCCUAAUCCUACGUUUCGACGACACCAAUCCAGAUAAAGAGAGAGAGGACUUUGAGCAGGUCAUCAUGGAAGAUGUGAAAAUGUUGGAGAUUCAUCACGACAGGCUAACAUUUACAUCCGACUACUUCGACCUCAUGUUGCAAAAGUGUCAAGAACUUAUACAGAAAAACCUUGCCUACGUCGACGACACCGAACCGGACGUGAUGAAAUCUCAGCGGGAACAAAAGCAAGAUUCUGUCAACAGGAACAAUACGAUUGAGCGCAACCUGGCCUUGUGGCAGGAAAUGCAACAAGGAACUCCAGUGGGGCUACGGUGUUGUGUUCGGGCCAAGAUUAGCAUGCAAGCUGCAAACGGAUGCAUGCGUGAUCCCACUUUAUACCGCUGCAAGAACAUGGUCCAUCCACGUACUGGAAACCGCUACCACGUUUACCCAACCUAUGACUUUGCCUGCCCUAUCGUUGACAGCAUAGAGGGCGUGACCCAUGCACUGCGUACGACUGAGUAUCACGACAGAGACGAGCAAUACUUUUGGGUUCUAGACGCCCUGGGGAUGCGUAAACCACACAUCUACGAAUACUCGCGACUCAACCUGAUGCACACAGUGUUAUCAAAACGCAAACUGACCUGGUUCGUUGACACGGGUGUUGUUGACGGUUGGGACGACCCUCGCAUGCCAACAGUGAGGGGUGUUCUACGACGUGGGAUGACAGUAGAAGCUCUAAGACAGUUCAUAGCGGCACAGGGCUCCUCACGCUCCGUCGUCAUGAUGGACUGGGAUAAGCUGUGGGCGUUCAACAAGAAAGUGGUGGACCCCGUAGCUCCGAGGCACGUAGCUGUGGAGCAGGGCGUGCCCGUCACUGUCAGUGGGCUCGCGGCGGGCACCAUUCGGGUGGCUUGGCACCCCAAGAAUGCAGAGCUCGGGGACCACGAAGUGGAUGUCGGGCCAGAGCUACUCGUAGACCGGGUCGACGCAGACAGCAUGGCCGUAGGAAGCAAUGUCACUUUCAUUGGCCUUGGUAAUCUGCGAAUCACGGACGUUCGCCGGGAUGCACAGGGAGCACCUGUGGCUGUGCUGGCCGAGACUAACCUCGAGGACCGCAAUUACAAGAACACGCUCAAGGUCACGUGGCUGUGCUCCUCAGCAGAACUGGUGCCAUGUACUUGCAUCUUCUUCGACCAUAUCAUCAGCAAGGCAGUGCUAUCCAGAGACGAUGAUUUUAAGCAGUUUGUUUCCAAAGACACGAGGCUCGACGUACCGAUGCAAGGCGAUCCCCUAAUGAAGCGGCUACGUAAAGGCGACAUCGUCCAAGUCCAGAGGAAAGGAUACUUCAUCUGCGACCAGCCGUACGAUCCCGAUACCAUAAGGCACGUCGGGAAGCCCGCUCCCCUGGUGUUGAUUUUUGUCCCUGAUGGUAGUCAGAGCAUCAGUACGCUUCCCCAAGUAGCGCAGUUAUUUUAUCAACGUAACAAGGCCAGUGUUAGCGCACAGGAACAGAAUGGCCCACACGCCUCAAUAGAUGAGCUCAGUGCAAGGAUCAGGGACGUCGGUAACACGGUUCGUGACCUGAAGUCCAAGAAGGCGGACAAAGCCAAGAUCGAUGCUGCUGUGAGUGAACUGCUUAAGCUCAAAGGCGAGUACAAGGCACUGAGUGGAACAGAGUGGAAGCCUGAAACAACAGCUUCGAAGGUAGAAAAGAAGAAAGAUCCCGCUGUGAAAGAAGGAGGUGAUUCCAAGGUGAUGUCUGACCCUAAGGUUUCUGCAUCUCUGCAGGAACUCGGCUUAAAAAUUCAAGAAAAAGGCAACCAUGUCCGUGAGCUGAAAUCUAAGAAAGCAGAAAAGUCUGCGAUCGAUGCUAGCGUAGCCGAGUUGCUUAGGCUGAAGGCAGAGUACAAAGCUGCGAGUGGAACGGACUGGAAGCCGGAAUCUUUUCCCGCACAAAACAGAGAAAAGACACCAAGUAAGGAAGCUGCUGCGAAGCAGGUUGGCGCCCCCGAGAAGGGCGUCGCUCCCGCUGCACUUGAGUCGCUGAAUGAGCUAAGUUUAAAGAUCCAAGGUGUAGGAGACAAAGUACGUGAAUUGAAAUCGAACAAAGCGGAAAAAUCCCAAAUCGAUGCAGGUGUCGCAGAAUUGCUCAGGCUGAAGGCUGAGUAUAAAGCUGCGAGUGGAACGGACUGGAAGCCAGCACCCUCUCCCGCACAAAAGAGAGAGAAGACGCCAAGUAAGGAAGCCACUGCUAAGGAGGUUGGAGCCCCCAAGAAGGAUUCCUCUCCUGUUGCACCUGAGUCUAUGAAUGAACUAAGCCUGAAGAUCCAAGAAGUUGGCAACCACGUUCGUGAAUUGAAAUCGAAGAAAGCUGAAAAAUCCCAAAUCGAUGCAGGCGUAGCAGAAUUGCUUAGGCUAAAAAGCGAGUACAAAGCCGCGAGCGGAAAAGACUGGGCGCCAGAGGGAGCUGCUGUCAAGGCAGAAAAGAGGAAAGCAAAGGCAGCACCUGUCAAAGGAGCGGAAGUCCCUAAAGAGAAAGCAAACGACAAGGAAAGCGCAGCACCUAGAGAGGGCCCCAAAAAGGUGACUCGACUCGGCUUGGAAGCCCGGAAGGAAGAAAACCUGUCGGAGUGGUACUCCCAGGUGAUCACGAAAUCGGAGAUGAUCGAAUACUACGACGUGAGCGGCUGCUACAUCCUGAGACCGUGGGCUUACGGGCUGUGGGAGAACGUAAGGGACUACCUGGACGCACGCAUUCGAGAAAUGGGGGUCCAAAACUGUUACUUCCCCAUGUUUGUCUCCGCACAAGCUCUAGAGCAAGAAAAAGCACAUGUCGAAGACUUUGCCCCGGAGGUUGCGUGGGUGACCCGGUCGGGCAACAGCGAGCUGGCGGAACCCAUCGCCAUCCGCCCCACGAGCGAAACAGUCAUGUACCCGGCGUACGCCAGGUGGGUGCAGUCGCAUCGCGACCUGCCGCUCCAGCUCAAUCAGUGGUGCAACGUGGUGCGGUGGGAGUUCAAGCACCCCCAGCCUUUCUUGCGCACCCGGGAGUUCCUGUGGCAGGAGGGCCACUCCGCCUUUGCCACCAAGGAAGAAGCCCAAGACGAAGUGUACCGUGUGCUCGGGCACUAUGCCUCCGUGUACGAGGAUCUCCUGGCCAUACCCGUAGUGAGGGGACGGAAAACCGAGAAGGAGAAGUUUGCCGGGGCAGAACUCACGACUACCGUAGAGGCGUACGUGCCAGCCAGCGGUCGCGGAAUCCAGGCUGCCACCUCCCACUACUUGGGUCAGAACUUUUCUCGCAUGUUCGAGAUCGUAUUCGAAGACCCAGAAACACGUGAGAAGAGAUACGUGCACCAGACGUCUUGGGGUCUUACAACACGCACCAUUGGUGUAUUGGUCAUGGUCCACGCCGACAACCAGGGUCUCGUGCUUCCCCCUCGUGUUGCCCAGGUGCAGGCCGUCCUUGUGCCGUGCGGUAUAACUGCUUCUCUCGGGCAAGAGCGUAAGGAGGAGCUCCUCGGCUUCUGCCGCGCGCAAGAGUCCAGGCUAUCGACUGGCGGCGUGCGUUGCCGAGGAGACUACCGAGACAAUUACUCUCCGGGCUGGAAAUUCAACCACUGGGAGUUGAAGGGUGUGCCGGUACGACUUGAAGUAGGGCCCCGAGACAUGGAACAGAAUCAAGUAACAGCGGUACGCAGGGACACGGGCGACCGAUUGGCUAUCAGUACGUCCGACCUGGUCACAAAGGUCUCUGCGUUGUUAGAGGACAUCCAGGAAACUCUUUUCAAGCGAGCGAAAGAAGACCAGUUGAAGUUCCAAGCUCGAGUCACUAGUUGGGAUAAUUUUCUCGCGAAACUGGAGGAAAAGUGCCUCAUCUUGGCUCCAUUCUGUGGUGAAUGCGACUGCGAAGACAACAUCAAGAAGCAGAGUGCUCGUGAAGAAGCAGAACCUGGGGCUCCGGCCAUGGGGGCUAAGAGUCUUUGUAUCCCAUUUGAGCAGCCGGCCCCGAUGACCGCAGCGGACCGCUGUAUCCACCCAGCAUGCACGAGGAAGCCACAAUACUACACCCUGUUUGGCCGAAGCUAUUGAGUGAAUGGGUGCCGAAAUAAAAUGUUUUUGUACGCUGAA